UCCGCUUGUCGUGCGCGUUCCAGGCGAGUCACCUUGCUGUCCACAACAGCAGAAGUAGACCAGCAGAACAGAAGGUGUCCUACCGAAACCCGAACCAGCACUGCAGCCAUGGCAGCCGCAGCGCACACGGGCAAACCCAAAACCUCGCCCAAAUCUAUUAAGUUUCUCUUCGGUGGCUUGGCGGGGAUGGGUGCAACAGUGUUUGUGCAGCCGCUGGAUCUGGUGAAGAACCGGAUGCAGUUGAGCGGUCAGGGCUCCAAGGCUCGCGAGUACAAGACUAGCUUGCACGCCUUGGCUAGUAUCCUGCGCAACGAGGGCGUCGGGGGCAUCUACACCGGGCUUUCGGCGGGUCUGUUGAGACAGGCGACCUACACCACGACCCGCUUGGGCAUCUACACGGUCCUGUUUGAGCGCAUGUCUAAAGCGGAUGGCACACCUCCCAACUUCUUGAUGAAGGCUUUGAUCGGAAUGACGGCUGGGGCCACGGGGGCGUUCGUCGGGACUCCAGCUGAGGUGGCGCUCAUUCGAAUGACGGCUGAUGGGAGGUUGCCUCCAGAUCAAAGGAGGGGUUACUCAAACGUCUUCAAUGCCCUCGUCAGAAUCACUAGAGAGGAAGGAGUCACCACACUCUGGAGGGGCUGCAUACCCACCAUGGCCAGAGCAGUUGUUGUGAACGCAGCCCAACUUGCUUCAUAUUCCCAGUCCAAACAAGCACUGUUGGACUCUGGAUAUUUCGGAGAUGAUAUUUUGUGUCAUUUCUGUGCCAGUAUGAUCAGUGGACUGGUCACCACCGCUGCCUCCAUGCCAGUUGAUAUUGUUAAGACCAGAAUCCAGAACAUGAGGAUGAUUGAUGGGAAGCCGGAGUACAAGAAUGGUUUGGAGGUAUUGGUGAAGGUCAUAAGAAACGAAGGAUUCUUCAGUCUGUGGAAGGGUUUCACUCCUUAUUACGCUCGUCUUGGGCCGCACACAGUUCUUACCUUCAUCUUCCUGGAGCAGAUGAACAAGUUCUACAAGAUCUAUUUCCUUGACUCCUAGAUAUGUCCGUAGGGUCAUCAGGGGACAGCACAGGCCAUACUUCCACAUUUUUUUUCUUUCACAUCUGGGUCCCAGUAUAGUUUCUGGUUUUAAUGGUUGGUAACAGAACCAAUGUAUGCGCUGGAUUGUGGCCCUUUGCUGUGGUGGUAACUGUGAAGACCAUUUGGACUCUUAUAUUGCAUAGACUGACUGACCACAUUCUAGAUUGAAUUAAAUGAAGGUAUCGCUCACUCCAGUAAGACCCCUGUUUUAGUUUUAAAUGAUAUUUAUGUAAUCCCCUCCUCCACACAAACUUUUCAUCCUUGAAGGUCAACAACUGUACUGACUUGUCAACAGGCUUAGUUGUAACUUGUGAGGAAUCUUUGUCAAUACAGAUGCAAACCUCUAUUCUGAGUGAAUUAUAAAAGACUUUUCUCUUUCUUCUCAUAAUUAUUUUGAAUCUAACCAGCAUACACACAAUUGUGUGCAAAACACUAAUGAUCACAAUGCAGUCACAACUUAGCCUCACAUCAACAUGUUCUACCAUAAAGACAGCUUUGCAUUGA